AAGAGUGGUGGUCCUCAAUGGAGACAAACAUCAUGACUAAGCACAUUCUGAUGUGGAAGAAUGCCCUGUCAUUCAUGCUGAGGAACGGUCUUCUGGUUACCCACAACCCCGGAGUCAAAUUCCUGCUGGAAGCCCUCAAGUACCUCCACAGAGCAAACAAAAGGGCCGGAAGAACCCAGGAAGUUCCAGCCAGUACCUUUUAUGUGGAAGAGAUCAUUGAUAGGGUAAUUCCUAUGGAUGAUGUGGAGCUUUGGCGUUUUUGGUCAACAAGGGAGGAUACAGAGGUGACACCAGUCAUCUUUGCCGUUACCCAUUUGUGUUGAAUCUGAUCUGCAAGAUGGCGAUUUUCAACAGUAAUGCACUUUUUACUAAGGUGGUUCACAAACUCACCCACUGGCAAACAGUGAUGUAUCCUUCUGGAACGUUCCCAGACAACCCAGAAUCUCCCCCUGCUCCAAUCUUCCAGUUGGCCUUAAGGCGCCCGUCACUCAUCAAAGACACCUUCAGACAACUGGGUGCUGCAGAUCAUGAUUACUUCAAGAGAGAACUUGUGGUGCAGUUUGUGGAGGACAUGAAGCUGUCGCUCGUCAACAUAAGGGACUUUUUCCUCCAUGUGUUUGAAGAGCUGUUGGCAGCAGAGUCUGAGAUGUUCAUGUACAACGACACCAAGACACUGGUCUGGUUCCCUGCCAAGCCCAGAGUGGAGGAGAAGAGCUACUUCCUGUUUGGUGUCUUGUGUGGCAUGGCCCUGUACAACCACAACAUUGUACACCUGCCCUUCCCUCUGGCCCUGUUCAAGAAGAUGGUGGGGGUCAAGCCCUCACUGGAGGACCUGAGAGAGUUUGACCCUGUUGUGGGAGGGAGUUUGCGGUACCUCUUGGAGGACUACACUGAUGAUGAUGUUGAAGAAAACCUAGACAUGACCUUCACCGUGAUCUGGGAUGACCAGAAGGUGGAGCUUGAUCCCAAAGAAACAGGAAAACCAGUCACAAGUACUAACAAGAAGCAGUUUGUUGAUGCCUACGUGAACCUCGCCUUCAACCGAUCAGUGGAGAAGGUGUUUGAAGAGUUCAGGAGAGGCUUCUUCAAGGUGUGUGACAGGGACGUGGUGGAGUUGUUCCAGCCUGAGGAGCUCAGGGGAGUCAUGGUGGGGAAAGAGGACUACGACUGGGACACGCUCAAACAGAACACUGUGUAUGUUGGAGAGUACCAUGCCAGACAUCCCAACAUCAUCAACUUCUGGGAGGCUUUUGAGGAACUGACAGACAACCAAAAGAAAGCUUUUCUCCUGUUCCUGACGGGCUGUGAUCGUGUUCCUAUCCUGGGCAUGGACAAGAUCCAGAUGACUGUGGCAGUCCUGCAGAACUCUACUGAACUACAUUUCCCAGAAUCCCUUACCUGCCACUUCCUACUGCUGCUGCCCAUCUACCCCUCCAAGGAGAUGCUGCUGGCCAGGCUCAAAGAGGCGGUGGCCCACAACAGAGGCUUCUGGAAGGAGUAAUGGACACUAUAUAUAGGCUACUGCUGUGUUCAUCAUUUCAUUCAAUGUGUUUCUUACAUGUCAAUAUAUCUAUUCAGUUUAGCAUAGGAUUUUGGUUGUGUUGAUAUAGCCUUCAUCUAGGUUCAGAUUUUACACUUUUUAAAAAACUUUUAAACCGUGGCUUUUUCAAGUGAACAUUUUAAAUUUACAAAUGUUUAGGCUAUGUAUAGGCUUACCAUGUUAUUGGAAAAAACUAUCCUUGACUUAAAGUCCACUAAUUUUGAAUGUGAGUUAUUAUUUUGGCAUUUUAUGUAAUUCUGCAUGGGAACAUCCUUUUUUUCUGGACACAUGUCUGCAUCAUCUUUGACAUUCAUGUCUGUACCUUGCGUUCUUUUAACAGAAUAAUUAUUUAUGUAUCUAAAUAAUACAGAUAUUAGUUUCACCUUAAA